AUGACUGUGAAUAUGUGUGAAAAAAGGUCAGAUGAGGAACGUCAAGAAGCGAAGUGCCUUUGGUCCAGCCUCCUUAAUGAGGUAACCAGUAAAGCUAAAGUUGGUCUAUCCGAAUCCAAAAAUCUUGUUGUAUUCGGUGAUUACGUAUGUGGAAAAUCAACAUUGGUUUGUCGCCUUCAAGGAACUGAGGAUAAACAGGAAGGUUUUGGGCUGGAGUAUGAUAUAAUAGACGUGAAAGAUGAAGCAAAAGAUGGUAAUUCUGUAAACAAUAUAACAAAAUUACAUGUAGCUUCUGCAAACCUCAGUGUUUGCGUUAUGGAUGGCAACCCUGUUCAAAGCUAUCUUCUAAAAUAUGUGAUAACGGAUGACUCGAUCGGCGACCAAAUGGCUCUUAUAGUUGUCAGCUUAUGUGAACCUUGGAAAAUUCCUGAAGCUCUAGAAAGGUGGUCAGAUUUACUCAACAAACACAUCAGCAAACUUAAGCUUUCAGAAGAAACGAUAGAGGCCUGCAAAUUCAAAGUUUCAAAAGAAUUCUAUGGAUAUACGGAACCUGGAACAACAACAAAUGAAGCUAACGAUUCUAUACAUUUAGCUUCACUUCCCACUAUGUAUGCAGAAUCUAAAGUAACUUCAUCUCAACCAUCGUUUUUAAAUGAAGAUGAGUCGUUUAUCAAAGAAAUACAUGAAGAUAACGUAUUGAAUAAAAAUCUUGGUGUACCACUGGUUGUCGUUGUGACAAAGACCGAUUUAAUGAAGGUAAUGAUCAAAGAAAAUCAAUAUACAGAAGAACAUUUCGAUUUUAUACAAAUGCAUAUACGACGAUUUUGUCUUUCAUAUGGAGCAGCUUUAUUCUAUGUGUCAGUAAAAGAAGAUAUAAACUGUGAUUUACUGAAUCGUUACAUUCAGCAUCGUAUUUAUGGUCUUCCGUUUAGUCAAAGUGCCUAUGUAAUAGAGGGAGAUAGGGUUUUCAUUCCAGCAGGUUGGGAUAGUCAUAAAAAGAUAAAUAUUCUAGGCGAAAACUUGACAAAAAUCAAUCCACAACUUCCUUUUUCUACAAUUAUUCCAAAACCACUACCACGUAAAGCGAUUCACAGAGUACCUGAAAUACCGACUAUUGAUGAACAGGCUUUUCUCCUGAGACUUUCAACAAUUAAAGAAAACGAGAACAUAGAUCCUAACAUGCUGAAAGAACUUUUAGGACCUGGAGGAUUAAAUUCCAAUUUAAGUAGUUUAAAAACUGGACCAGGCACUAAAACUAUGGAUGAUAACAAUCGUUUGCCGGCCAGUCCAACUUCUAUACUUCGAGCAAAAAUUCCUCCAGGAAGUCCAAUAAAUAAUUUACCUGGCACCGCUUCUAUACAGGGUAAUUCAGACGGUGUACUAGCUGGUUUCUUUUCAAAUCUACUUAAGAAGCGGCCGGUUGUAAAUAACACUACUGGAGAAACGCCUACUGAAACUCAACUAAAAUGCAUAUCAUCACCAGAUCAAACAAUGAAACAGAAACGCAAAAACGACACAAAUAUAACCAGCGAGGAUACGGAAAAAUCGGGAAAAGAUGUAAAAACUGAGGAUACAAUAAGCAAACAACAAAACAAAAUCAAUGACAAUAAAAACAUAGACCAAAACAACAAUCCUUCUCCGUCCGACAAAUUGAACAACUCACAGGAACACUCACGUCCAAUCAGUGAUCAACCAUCUGUCGUCGAACCGUCUCAGACACCACACAGUCCAACUGACCACAUCGACACAAUGCGUCCAGACGACCGUCUCGACAUCUCUCCUAACGACACAAAUAACGCCGCUCUCGAGAACGAAACCAACGAAGUGCACACACCACCAAACGCUGAUUCACCAAUUGUCCCGAGUCACAUGUCCCCUCUAUCAGGAACCGCUUCGGACACCGGUAUCACCACAUCACUCGAUGAUAUGAUGUCUGAGAACCGUUCCGACACGAACCACAAGUUGCCAGAGACUGGUCUUCCUGACAACCAAAGUGAAAACGAAACUCCCAACGAACCCACAAACGAAACGAAUGAACAGAACACUGAACCAAAACUCGACGCUUCUUCGCCCGACAAAUUGAACAACUCACAGGAACACUCACGUCCAAUCAGUGAUCAACCAUCUGUCGUCGAACCGUCUCAGACACCACACAGUCCAACUGACCACAUCGACACAAUGCGUCCAGACGACCGUCUCGACAUCUCUCCUAACGACACAAAUAACGCCGCUCUCGAGAACGAAACCAACGAAGUGCACACACCACCAAACGCUGAUUCACCAAUUGUCCCGAGUCACAUGUCCCCUCUAUCAGGAACCGCUUCGGACACCGGUAUCACCACAUCACUCGAUGAUAUGAUGUCUGAGAACCGUUCCGACACGAACCACAAGUUGCCAGAGACUGGUCUUCCUGACAACCAAAGUGAAAACGAAACUCCCAACGAACCCACAAACGAAACGAAUGAACAGAACACUGAACCAAAACUCGACGCUUCUUCGCCCGACAAAUUGAACAACUCACAGGAACACUCACGUCCAAUCAGUGAUCAACCAUCUGUCGUCGAACCGUCUCAGACACCACACAGUCCAACUGACCACAUCGACACAAUGCGUCCAGACGACCGUCUCGACAUCUCUCCUAACGACACAAAUAACGCCGCUCUCGAGAACGAAACCAACGAAGUGCACACACCACCAAACGCUGAUUCACCAAUUGUCCCGAGUCACAUGUCCCCUCUAUCAGGAACCGCUUCGGACACCGGUAUCACCACAUCACUCGAUGAUAUGAUGUCUGAGAACCGUUCCGACACGAACCACAAGUUGCCAGAGACUGGUCUUCCUGACAACCAAAGUGAAAACGAAACUCCCAACGAACCCACAAACGAAACGAAUGAACAGAACACUGAACCAAAACUCGACGCUUCUUCGCCCGACAAAUUGAACAACUCACAGGAACACUCACGUCCAAUCAGUGAUCAACCAUCUGUCGUCGAACCGUCUCAGACACCACACAGUCCAACUGACCACAUCGACACAAUGCGUCCAGACGACCGUCUCGACAUCUCUCCUAACGACACAAAUAACGCCGCUCUCGAGAACGAAACCAACGAAGUGCACACACCACCAAACGCUGAUUCACCAAUUGUCCCGAGUCACAUGUCCCCUCUAUCAGGAACCGCUUCGGACACCGGUAUCACCACAUCACUCGAUGAUAUGAUGUCUGAGAACCGUUCCGACACGAACCACAAGUUGCCAGAGACUGGUCUUCCUGACAACCAAAGUGAAAACGAAACUCCCAACGAACCCACAAACGAAACGAAUGAACAGAACACUGAACCAAAACUCGACGCUUCUUCGCCCGACAAAUUGAACAACUCACAGGAACACUCACGUCCAAUCAGUGAUCAACCAUCUGUCGUCGAACCGUCUCAGACACCACACAGUCCAACUGACCACAUCGACACAAUGCGUCCAGACGACCGUCUCGACAUCUCUCCUAACGACACAAAUAACGCCGCUCUCGAGAACGAAACCAACGAAGUGCACACACCACCAAACGCUGAUUCACCAAUUGUCCCGAGUCACAUGUCCCCUCUAUCAGGAACCGCUUCGGACACCGGUAUCACCACAUCACUCGAUGAUAUGAUGUCUGAGAACCGUUCCGACACGAACCACAAGUUGCCAGAGACUGGUCUUCCUGACAACCAAAGUGAAAACGAAACUCCCAACGAACCCACAAACGAAACGAAUGAACAGAACACUGAACCAAAACUCGACGCUUCUUCGCCCGACAAAUUGAACAACUCACAGGAACACUCACGUCCAAUCAGUGAUCAACCAUCUGUCGUCGAACCGUCUCAGACACCACACAGUCCAACUGACCACAUCGACACAAUGCGUCCAGACGACCGUCUCGACAUCUCUCCUAACGACACAAAUAACGCCGCUCUCGAGAACGAAACCAACGAAGUGCACACACCACCAAACGCUGAUUCACCAAUUGUCCCGAGUCACAUGUCCCCUCUAUCAGGAACCGCUUCGGACACCGGUAUCACCACAUCACUCGAUGAUAUGAUGUCUGAGAACCGUUCCGACACGAACCACAAGUUGCCAGAGACUGGUCUUCCUGACAACCAAAGUGAAAACGAAACUCCCAACGAACCCACAAACGAAACGAAUGAACAGAACACUGAACCAAAACUCGACGCUUCUUCGCCCGACAAAUUGAACAACUCACAGGAACACUCACGUCCAAUCAGUGAUCAACCAUCUGUCGUCGAACCGUCUCAGACACCACACAGUCCAACUGACCACAUCGACACAAUGCGUCCAGACGACCGUCUCGACAUCUCUCCUAACGACACAAAUAACGCCGCUCUCGAGAACGAAACCAACGAAGUGCACACACCACCAAACGCUGAUUCACCAAUUGUCCCGAGUCACAUGUCCCCUCUAUCAGGAACCGCUUCGGACACCGGUAUCACCACAUCACUCGAUGAUAUGAUGUCUGAGAACCGUUCCGACACGAACCACAAGUUGCCAGAGACUGGUCUUCCUGACAACCAAAGUGAAAACGAAACUCCCAACGAACCCACAAACGAAACGAAUGAACAGAACACUGAACCAAAACUCGACGCUUCUUCGCCCGACAAAUUGAACAACUCACAGGAACACUCACGUCCAAUCAGUGAUCAACCAUCUGUCGUCGAACCGUCUCAGACACCACACAGUCCAACUGACCACAUCGACACAAUGCGUCCAGACGACCGUCUCGACAUCUCUCCUAACGACACAAAUAACGCCGCUCUCGAGAACGAAACCAACGAAGUGCACACACCACCAAACGCUGAUUCACCAAUUGUCCCGAGUCACAUGUCCCCUCUAUCAGGAACCGCUUCGGACACCGGUAUCACCACAUCACUCGAUGAUAUGAUGUCUGAGAACCGUUCCGACACGAACCACAAGUUGCCAGAGACUGGUCUUCCUGACAACCAAAGUGAAAACGAAACUCCCAACGAACCCACAAACGAAACGAAUGAACAGAACACUGAACCAAAACUCGACGCUUCUUCGCCCGACAAAUUGAACAACUCACAGGAACACUCACGUCCAAUCAGUGAUCAACCAUCUGUCGUCGAACCGUCUCAGACACCACACAGUCCAACUGACCACAUCGACACAAUGCGUCCAGACGACCGUCUCGACAUCUCUCCUAACGACACAAAUAACGCCGCUCUCGAGAACGAAACCAACGAAGUGCACACACCACCAAACGCUGAUUCACCAAUUGUCCCGAGUCACAUUUCGUCUGCAAAUGAGGGUCUUAAUGGCAACUCGUCUAGUCGGAUUUCGGUGAUUGGAGAGUCAAAUGUUACUGAAUUUGUUGGCUCUUCCUUAUCAUCAGAUGGAACAGAGUCCUGUGUUACACUAGUUACCAAUCAACCGGUCUCUAUUCGACAGUCUACAGAAGGAAUAAAAGUUCUCCCUCAACUUAAAUCAUCACGUAUUAUGAAAGAUACAAUUCAGAAAUCUAGCUCCUCACCAUCAAUUCCUAAGUUAUCAGAAAAGCCUUCAACAGCUAAACAAGUAGUAACUGGUUCAUCAAAGGCACCUACAACGGCUGGAUCGAAUCUUAGACAGUUAAGUAAUGUAACGAAUACAAAAACAAACUAUGGAAGUUCAUCAAGUGUGAGUGCAUCACCUAAUCGAAUCAGAAAACCAUUAUUAACCAAAGAACUUAAACAGUAA